ACUUUUUACCUUACUUCAGGCAUUUGACAAGUGCUUUACUGAUUUCUUCGAGAGAUUUAUCGUUUCUGAAGUGCCAAUAACUUCAAAUCCUUGUAGUCGGUUGCAUGAGACAUAUCGGCAGUGUAUUGAAAAAAAUCUGGAAAAUAGUAGACUUUACGAUAUCGAUCUCAGCGAGCUUCGAAAAGACGUGCUGAAUACUGAAGACGAUUUAUUAAGAGAUUCUCAAUCAUCCGAUGAUCGCCUUCCUAUUGCACUGCCAAUUCUCAUGGUCUUCGUAGUAGUAAUUUUGGUGCAAUCAUUUUACUUGCGCAUUAACGACUGUCAUGGUUAUUUGUCCGUAUCGGUAAUUAAUAGCGGACACUUUCACAAGCAGUGUAAGGUUAAAAUUAAUAUAAUGGAUAGUUCCUCAAUAGGAUCAAUACAAAAUGCUGCAGUUUUACAUGAAACAGCAGCUGAAACCCGAUUUAAUCAACUGGAGCAGACAAUAGAAAAUUUUCAGGAAAAUGCACGACAGUUGGGCGUAAUCGCAAGUGAUUUUUCAACCCGAAGUCAAGAGCCACUGAAUCAAAAGAUACAUACUCUUGUAUCUGGCCUUCAUGAGUUGGAUCAUUUGAAAAAUCAGUUCAUGGAUGUAAAAAUACCUCUUGAGUUACUUGAGUGUUUGGAUCAAGGGAAAAAUCCCCAGCUUUAUACAAAAGAAUGCUUAGAAAGAACACUGAACAAGAACAAAGAGAUGAAUGGCAAAGUUGAAGUAUACAAGAAAUUUCGUGCAAUUUUAUUAAGAGAACUUGGAGAAGAAAUACCAAAUGAUAUGAUUUUAUACCGAAAUUUACGAGACAGGAAAGAAAAUUCGCCUCAUGAAAAUUAUAAUGAAGUUACUAGUGAUUAG